AUGCUGGGGAGCCUCUGCACUCUCAUCACUGCUCUAACAUGUAAGGAGGCUGACUUCCUGCAGCUUUCAGCUCAUGUUGGAUUCAUCAGUCUGUGUGUUUCUCUUGACUCCAUGUCAUCUUGUUGUUUCCAGGUGUGAGUGCUGUUACCGUGGUGACACAGAAGCCUCCUAUUGUGGCUGUGAGGAGAGGAGAGACAGUCAACAUGGACUGUAACCUGGGGACUGUGACCAAUAGAGCUGCCCGCUGGUACAAACAGAUUCCUGGAGGAGUUCCUCAGCAUGUUGUGAGGAUGUAUCACAGCUGGAGCUCUCCAACUUAUGGCUCUGGUUUCUCCUCUCCUAAAUUCACCUCCACUCAUCAGUCACAGACAGAUUAUCGUUUGAUCAUCAGCUCUGUGGAGGACGGAGACUCUGCAGUUUAUUACUGUAACACAUGGGACAGCUCUGUCAAUGAGUACGUAUCACAGUGAUUUACACCAUGACAAAAACCUCCUCACUCUCACUUCUGCUUUUUGAGUCUCUGACAUAUCUACUAAUGCUCUCUGCAGCUUCACUGAAUUCAACUCCAGUCCUUGAACAAACAGAGUGAUCUAAAAUCAUCACUGUAGAGAUGAAUUCUUUUCCUCUUGAAGCACAUUAGAUAUCAAGAGGACUCUUCAUUUACAGUCCAGGAAACAUAAGAGGAUAUUCUGUCUUAUUACUUCGUGCACAUAAAUCUUACUUUGUCACAGAAUUAGAAAUUUGCCAUUAAAAUUGAAUAUAGAUUAGACUUCACUUUGCUAAAUGUGUUUGUAGAAAGUCAGACGAAACUUUUAAACCACUAAAGAAGGUAAAUAUUUAUGUUUAUAUUGUGACAAUUUGAUGAUUUUAUGAGACCAGAGGCCUUCAUAACAGUCCAUAAAACAUAAAUAAUAUUUUUAAUCAUCUUGAUAAAUAAUUAUUCACUCAGAUCAUUCCUGGAGUGAUCGAUUAUUCUCUUCAAUCAAUCCUAAAAAUGGUGGAGCUGAAGAAAAAGGGAGCUCCAGCUCUGCAUGCUGAUCCAGUCUUCAUUUCUCUUCACUCACUGUGCAGCAGUCACUCCUCCAGACAUGCUCACUCUUAUUUCCUCAAGUCUCCAGCUGUUCUCAUCACCUGUCACAUCUUUCCAACAGCACCUCAGCUCACCCUCAUUGUUGGCUGAUCACAUGAUCUAAAGCACACGGAGCAAAGUGAAUCAGGGCCUGUCCGACCACAUGUUGAUAGAUAAGAGGCGCACAAUCCUGGUGCUCAGAGAAGCUCAGGGCCCAAAGAGGUUCAGUUACGUCCCUUAUGUCCCCAAUCAGUCUGUCCAAAAUCAAUAAGAUCAAAUCAAAUAACCUGAAAUUCACUUCAUCAGGAAAACACAGACACUUUGUUGUAAACUUUGUGUGUUUCUGUGUCCUCAUGUCACUUUGUGUCUGACCACCUCUCUGAAUCCAGACUGACACACCCAUGGACGCUUGUCCCUGAGUGGAGACUGACAGGACCUGGGUUUGAUAUGAUGGGUUUGUUCACAUGGUGUUUAUCAUUCAUAUAAAAAGAAGAAAAGAGUCUAGUUUUCAUUUCAGGAACUUCAUUGUGUCAUGCUGCUUGAGAUGAUAUGAAGAUGUUGUUUUUAUCAAGAAUGUGAUCAAAACUAAGAUUGAUGAAGGUUUUAAGAAGUUGGUUUGGGCAGUGAGUGUUGAAACUCCUCCUCCUCCUCCUCCUCCUCCUCCUCCUCCUCCUCCUCCUCCUCAGGGUCUUUAUAAGCUUCAGUCUCUCUCCUCCUCCUCACACUCCAACCCUGCUCACCUCUCAGCUGGACAGUAAGGGACGUUUACAGCACACACUGACAACAUGCUGGGGAGCCUCUGCACUCUCAUCACUGCUCUAACAUGUAAGAGAUUCUUCUCAGUCCUUUACCACACCAUCAUUUCACACACACACCUUUGACUCUUGUCUUUUUCUCUCUGUGUUUUUUUACAGAUGUUAACGCAGUGAAAGUUCUGACCCAGACUCCUGCUGUCCUCACAGUUUCUCCAGGACAAGAGGCUGUUCUCAGAUGUAACAUUCAGAGAGAUGAUAACAAUUAUGUCAGAUGGUACAAACAGGUUCCUGGUGAAGCUCCUCAGUAUGUUCUGAAAUUCUAUCAUUCUCACAGUUCACCCAACGACUAUGGAUCAGGAUUCUCCUCAGACAGAUUCAACUCUAAAUCCACAUCAAACAUAGAUUAUCAGUUCAUCAUAAAGAGAGCAGAGGCAGGAGACACUGCUGUUUAUUACUGUUUGACAUGGGAUAACUCUGCUAAAGAGAACGUAUCACAGUGAUUUACACCAUGACAAAAACCUCACUCACAGUCUGACUACAGUGUCUCUAAAAUCUGACCACAUUAACUCAAGUUAACCAGAAAAACUUCAAUAAAAGCAGAAAGAUCACUGAGUAAACUUUUAUAAAACGAUGAAAUCCUCAGAUUAAAGUCCAUCUUUGUUUUGAUAAAGUGAUCAGAGAUGAAAGAUUGAGACGUUGAGAGUGAAAGUCGGUCUCAACAGGAUGUUUCAGUUCCUCUCCCCUCAUUAGUGAGAGUCAGGAGGUUUUUGUACGGCCAUGUAUACAAACUGAAUCACUGUGGUAUUCGGACAAGGAACCAAGCUGAUCGUCUCAGGUAAGUUCUUUAAAAAUCAUCUUUAAAUAGGAUUGUUUCUCUGAUUCUGACAAAAUAUGGCACAGUUAUCAUGUUAAUAACUCUUAAAUGAACAUUUUCAGUAAAUAACAGACAUAAUUUUCUCUGUUUGAUGUUUAUUCUCUGUUACUUGGCAGCAUGUUGGUUCUUCUCAGAGAGUUUGAGGCUGAGACAUUUUUAACUUUAAAGAAAAAGUGAAACAAACGAACUUAAUAUAAUUCAUUAUUGUUUGUAUGGGUUAAAAUUUCACAAUAAUAUGUUCAAUAAUAUACAAGUAUGAUCUGAUGAAGUUACUGUAGAGCAGUCUGUGAGACUAAUAACAGAGAUAGAAUAAGUUACUGUAUUUUUGGAUCAUAUCAAAGUUGCUGAAUUGAAGUUGCUUUUUAUGGUUUCAUGUAAAUCUGAUUCAGUUUUAGAGUCUUUGUCUUUUAUUUUGUGAGUUUGAUCGGCUGUAAAAACAGAUGACGACUUAUAAAUGGUUUAUGAUUUCAAGAGCUCUGAACUUGGAAAAUUACAGACUGAGUCUUUAAAAAGUUAAACUGGUGUAAUUUUAGUUUCUACAGGCUGAUGUAACAUGUUUUCACUUUUUAAAAGGAUGUAGUCAGACCGGGUUUAUUGUGAACACUGCACAUUGAUCCCUCUUUUUAUUAUUGACCUAAUCUGUGACUGUCGUGUGUGUUUGUGUGUUUCAGCCUCCAGCCUCUCUCCUCCCGUCCUCACAGUCCUCCCUCCGUCCCGUGCUGAGCUCCAGUCCAACAAAGCCUCUCUGCUCUGUCUGUCCAGUCAGUCUGUGCCUUUUGCAGAUGUGAGCUGGUUGGCUGCUGGGAGUCCAGUGAGCAGUGGGGUCUCCACCAGCACGGCUGUUCGGAAAGCGGACCAGACUUUCCACAUCAGCAGCUCUCUGUCCAUCACCCCCUCUGAGUGGACCACGGGCAAAGUCUUCACGUGUAAAGUGUCUCUGGGCUCUCAGACUUCACAGAAAGAGAUCAGCAAGUCCAGCUGUCCCUCUGCAGAAGAGUAGAGGAGCACAGAGAGCAUUUCCAACCUGCUUCUUGACUCUUUGUGCUCUUUGCUCAUUACAAGCUUCACAUGCUAGAAAAGAUGAGUCUGCAUGCUCGGAGCUAAUGUUGAGACAGUUAGCUGGAGGAGUCGGAUCAGCUUUGCUGCUGCUGCUGCUUUUAUCAACAAUCCUUCAAUAAAACCUGCAAAUCAAAAAGUGUCUUUCCCUCUUUUUAUUUAUUCUCCUCCUUUUGAUGAUUUUCUUUCAUGUCUUUAAAUGUUGAUUUUAGUGUUUCUUAGAGCCAAAGACUCACAGCUCACAGACAUAUUUCUCUUCAAUAACGUCUUUAGUUUGUAUUUUUUCAUUCAAAUAUCAACAUUAAUUUUAGGUGUUGAACAUCUGGAUUUAUAUAAAGCCAGUCUUUCUGCUUUUAGUCUGUAGUUAUGAUGACAGAGAAGUCAAACAAAUGAAGAAUCAACUGAAACUGAGUUUUCAUCCUCCAUCAGUGAAGCGUCACCUCUCUGCUCCUCCUCCCAGGAUGCACCUGCAGACCUGCUCUCUGUAUUUAAAGUAGCAUGCAAAUGAAGAGGUCAAAGGUCAGCUCUGUGUUUUGAUCAUGUGACAUCUUUUCAAGUACAGUUUUAACUUCCUAUGAUUGAAUUAAACUUAAAUGUGCAGAAUCAAAGUUUAAAAUGAGGUCUGAAGAAGAUUUAUCAUCAAAACUUUAAACAAGAAGAAGAAAAAGACGAUUUAAUAAUAAUCCAGAAAAAACAUAAAUUUAUCUGAAUUUAACAGAGGAACAAAUCAAUGAAAACAAAACUGACAAAAUUAUUUAUUCUACUAAAGAUAGUUUCAUGUUUUGUUUGGAUUCAGGACUUCAGCAUAAAAAAAUCUCUCCACAGAAUAUUAAACAGAAACAAAUGAUUCAGAGUCUGAAGAUGAAGGUGAAGCUCCUCCUCCUCCUCCUCAGUCUCAGUCUCAGUGUUGUAUUAAAUUGCUCCUCCAGCACCUCCUCUCCUCAUCCUCAGAUCUGUCAGCAGUCAGCUCACUUUCCAAGUUGUAAGGACGUUUACAGCACACACUGACAACAUGCUGGGGAGCCUCUGCACUCUCAUCACUGCUCUAACAUGUAAGGAGGCUGACUUCCUGCAGCUUUCAGCUCAUGUUGGAUUCAUCAGUCUGUGUGUUUCUCUUGACUCCGUGUCAUCUUGUUGUUUCCAGGUGUGAGUGCUGUUACCGUGGUGACACAGAAGCCUCCUGUUGUAGCUGUGAGGAGAGGAGAGACAGCCAACAUGGACUGUAACCUGGGGACUGUGACAAAUGAACCAGCUUGGUGGUACAAACAGAUUCCUGGAGGAGUUCCUCAGUUUAUUCUGUAUUACCGUCACACCUACAGCUCUCCAACUUAUGGCUCUGGUUUCUCCUCUCCUAAAUUCACCUCCACUCAUCAGUCACAGACAGAUUAUCGUUUGACCAUCAGCUCUGUGGAGGAGGGAGACUCUGCAGUUUAUUACUGUAAAACAUGGGACACCUCUGUCAAAGAGUACAUAUCACAGUGAUUUACACCAUGACAAAAACCUCCUCACUCUCACUUCUGCUUUUUGACUCCCACAUACAUCUACUUUGUAACUACAAGCAUCAGACAUAAAGUUCCUUCCAACUUUAAGAUCUUGUCAUAUUUUCUUUAAAGGAAAAAGAUAAACCUCACAAACCUUUUUAUUAUACAUUUUUACAUUUGUAUUUUGACUCAACCUUUGCUUUCAUAUGAGGUGAUCAUAAGCAUUAAUGCACAAUGACUAAGACAAAAAAGUGAGAAAUAAAGACCAUCACUUAGAUCGGGUCUUUACAUUUUACAAAGUCCUGAGAACUGAGAGGAUCUUUGGAGGUUAAAACCAUAGACUGUUUCCAGCAGUGGCGAUUGCUCUAAGACUGCAAGGGAAGCUCAGCUUCCCUUAAAAUGUCACCCCCCCAAAAAAAGAAAAAGUGGUGAAAUACAUACGGCUGUGUGUACAUUUCAUUAACUAAAUACGCGCUAGAAAGCCUUCAUCUUUUGUUCAACUUCGUUCUCUUUCAUCCUCGCAGCGCCUCAGCGCUUUAAACAGCCGGACGCUGGGCUUCUGCUGACUUCAAUGUGGAAGCUCAAAGUGGGUUGUUCCAGCAGCGAAACUAGACGCUCAUUGGAUAAAUGCUGGGCUUUGUCCCGCCUAUUGGACGCUCAGCUUCACUGGAGUUCUAUGGCGAGAGGGCGGUCCCGACUUUCUCCCUGACUCCGAGCUUCUGCAUCCAUGAUUGGAUGAGCUGUCUGAGGCGAAAUCCUUGUUUGAUUGACAGCUAAACAAGCGAAUCAGCGAUCUUGAAGAAUAAAACAUCUACCAGAGCAUUUCCCAAGUUAUUCAUUCCGUUGUUCUUAACUGCUCCGGAGACUUUACCCAUCCUCAGCGACUUUUGUCUUUGUUAAAAACGACUGCAGUUGUGUUUGGCGACUCUUUUCUGUUACAUACAAAUAAACAAACACAAUUAUGAUGUAGGCCAGAAAAAUGAGCUUCCCCUCCUUGAAAGACCAGCAGACGCCACUGGUUUCCAGUAAGGACAUCAUGACUCCCUUCAUUGUACAAAUUUGAAGUAGAAAUUGCUCUCUGUAUUUCCAGGAUUUCCUUAAUUUUUCUGAAAUUGUUGUUACGAAGCUCAGCUCAAACAGCAUAUUCCCCCCGAUGUCCUACACGACCUUCUUGUGCCUCUUGACUGUAUCCAAGUGUCAAUCAUAGAAAAUAUGAUGUCAUAUCCUGUUUUUAUAACCUCUAAUAAUUUAAAACAUUAAACUGCUUAGAAAAAAGAGACUUAAUCACAAACCAGUCUAAUGAUAACUACAUGUCAACUUCACAACCAGGGUGAGAAAAAUUAAUAUGAGUCAUAUUAAAUUUUAAAGAGGUGAUUAAACCACAGGUCUAUUCAUUUUGCUGAAGAAGGCGGGGUUUAUGUCCUAUACUGCAACCAGUCACCAGGGGGUGCUGUUCUCAUCCAGCAAGGAAGCAGAUGAUGUCCAUUCUAUAUACAGUCUAAGAGUAAAACCAAACAAACCAUUUUGUUUUUGACAUCCUUCAUAUCAACAAGUAAACCAAAAAAUUACAAAUGUUUCCAGCUCUAAACUUCAAUUCAAGUCCACUCUGUUGAAAAGUUGUGGAGAUGGAUCAGACAGAGGAGUGUUCAAAUGCAAAAACAAGAUAAACAUUUGUGUUCACUCUGUAACUUCUUAAAAAUUCAAUAUUCAUUUCUUAGAGUGUGAUCUUCUAAAACAGAUCAUGAAACGAGUCUGAACUUGUGUCUUGUCUUUCUGACCUGUUUCUUGUUUCCCAUGUAGUCUAUGUCUUCCUCUCUUUCUUUGUUGGUUCAUCGUCUCUGUUGUCUUUACCAUGUGAACCCUACCUCGUGUUUUCACUGUGCAUUUUGUUUCUUUGGAUUUCUUGCUCUGGGAGUUUUUGUUUUUUUUGCAUUUGAGUUUUCAGUUGGACAUUUGAAAAUAUAAGUUUUUGCAAUUCAGGUUAAAUCUUUUGUUUAAAAAAAAAUUCUGAGCUCCAGAUGCAGUUCUCCUCUUUCAUUUUGUUGAAACAUGACAUAAGGAUUAUAGAGCUGAGUAUCCAAACUCCUCCUCUUCCUCCUCUUCCUCCUGCUCAGGGUCUUUAUAAGCUUCAGUCUCUCUCCUCCUCCUCACACUCCAACCCUGCUCACCUCUCAGCUGGACAGUAAGGACGUUUACAGCACACACUGACAACAUGCUGGGGAGCCUCUGCACUCUCAUCACUGCUCUAACAUGUAAGGAGGCUGACUUCCUGCAGCUUUCAGCUCAUGUUGGAUUCAUCAGUCUGUGUGUUUCUCUUGACUCCAUGUCAUCUUGUUGUUUCCAGGUGUGAGUGCUGUUACCGUGGUGACACAGAAGCCUCCUGUUGUGACUGUGAGGAGAGGAGAGACAGCCAACAUGGACUGUAACCUGGGGACUGUGACAGACAGAAGGGCUUGGUGGUACAAACAGAUUCCUGGAGGAGUUCCUCAGUUUGUUCUGUAUAACUAUCACACUCGGAGCUCUCCAAAAUAUGGCUCUGGUUUCUCCUCUCCUAAAUUCACCUCCACUCAUCAGUCAAAAUCAGAUUAUCGUUUGAUCAUCAACUCUGUGGAGGAGGGAGACUCUGCAGUUUAUUACUGUAAAACAUGGGACGACUCUGUCAAAGAGUACGUAUCACAGUGAUUUACACCAUGACAAAAACCUCCUCACUCUCACUUCUGCUUUUUGAGUCUCUGACAUAUCUACUAACGCUCUCUUAUCUUCCUGACAAAGGAUUACAAAAUAACCACCUCCUAUUUUCUCUGUCCUUUUGAUUGACUAACAAACUCACAUUUUUCUCUUUAUUUCAAUUUCACACUCAUCCUCAUUGUGACUUUCUGCUGAUUUAAUUCUCACAUUUGAGGCUUUAAGUUUCUGAUCAGCUCAUAAAACAGAAUCAACUCUGUACAGUCAGUUUAAUGAAACAGUAUUACAUUGAGAUUAUUUCAGACUCUUCAGUCAAAAGUUUGUUAGAAAUAAAUGAACAAACAGAAGAAGUUUGAAAAGUUCAGCUGAAACAAUAAAGAGUUAAACUUAGAGGACUAACAGCUUUUUGUCUUCUUGACUGUGACCUUUGACCUCUCCUUAAAAAACAAAACAAAACAAAACAAAGCUCACCUAUGAAAUUUUUGACAAUCAGUUGAGUUGUUUUCCAUCCAGACAUUGAUUCUUUAUACUUUCACAACUUAAAUAAUAGAAUAAAUUGGCAGAAGAAUGAUCCUCAUAUUUUUAAACAAUGUUAUUUAUUAGUUCAACCCUUUUUUCAUCAUGAAGAGAAGGGUCACAAAUUCAACUCCUCCUCCUCCUCCUCCUCCUCCUCCUCCUCCUCCUCCUCCUCCUCCUCCUCCUCCUCCUCUUCUUCCUCCUCCUCAGGUUCUUUAUAAGCUUCAGUCUCUCUCCUCCUCCUCACACUCCAACCCUGCUCACCUCUCAGCUGGACAGUAAGGGACGUUUACAGCACACACUGACAACAUGCUGGGGAGCCUCUGCACUCUCAUCACUGCUCUAACAUGUAAGAGAUUCUUCUCAGUCCUUUACCACACCAUCAUUUCACACACACACCUUUGACUCUUGUCUUUUUCUCUCUUUUUUUUUUACAGAUGUUGAUGCAGUGAUCGUUCUGACCCAGACUCCUGCUGUCCUCACAGUUUCUCCAGGACAAGAGGCUGUUCUCAGAUGUAACAUUCAGAGAUAUGAUAGUAAUAGUGUCAGAUGGUACAAACAGGUUCCUGGUGAAGCUCCUCAGUACGUUCUGAGAUUUCACCAUGGAAUCAGUUCACUCUACUUUGGAUCAGGAUUCUCUUCAGACAGAUUCAACUCUAAAUCCACAUCAGACAUAGAUUAUCAGUUCAUCAUAAAGAGAGUAGAGGCAGGAGACUCUGCUGUUUAUUACUGUCAGACAUGGGAUGACUCUGCUAAUGUGCACGUAUCACAGUGAUUUACACCAUGACAAAAACCUCCUCACUGACACUUCUGCUUUUUGAGCGCCUCACACGACUACUCACACUCUCUGUAGCUACACUGCCUUCAGACAUCAUCAUGUUUUCUCUUAAAAUUCUCAUUUUCAUUCAAAUUAAUCUUUAGCACCAAAGUUUAUAAAAAGAUUCAAAAAUAUUCAAUGAUUUUGUUUUUUAAUUUUCCCAUUUAUAAAUAUUUUUAGCUCAUAAGGAAACAUGACAGAAUAAAAUUUUGUAGUGUUUUUGUCUUUAAAAUCAUGAAGUUCAUCAACACAGAAACUUUAGCAGCUCUUUGUUCAGUUAAAUGUCCCUCUGUUUGAUCUAUCCAGCUGUGUUUUUCCUAAAUCUAGACAAUAGAUUUCCAAUAAAAAUAUAUAUAUUUUUGAAUGUGUGUCUAUGGCACCAAAACAACAUAUACAGAUGCAUCUCAAUAAAUUAGAAUAUCGUGGAAAAGUUCAUUUAUUUCAACAGUUCAAUUCAAAAAGUGAAACUAAUAACCUGAUAUAGAUCCAUGGCACACAGACUGAAGUAUUUCAUGUUUUCUUUUUCCUUUAACUGUAAUGAUUGUGGCUUAUAUUCAAUGAAAACCCAAAUUCAGUAUCUCCAAAAACUAGAAUACUGUGAUAAAGUUGACUAUUUUAACCUCAUAAUGUCACACUCUAAUCAGCUAAUUAACUCCAAACACCUGCAAAGGUUUCCUGAGCCCUUAAAUAGUCUCUCAGUCUGGUUCAGUAGCUCCACUAUCAUGGGGAAGACUGCUGACCUUACAGUUGUCCAGAAGACAAUCAUUGACACCCUUCACAAGGAGGGUAAGGCCACAAAAGUUCAUUGCAAAAGAAGCUGGCUGUUCACAGAGUGCUGUAUCCAAGAAUAUUAACAGAAAGUCGAGUGGAAGGAAAAAGUGUGGUAGAAAGAAAUGUACAAGCAACAGGGUUGAUCGCAGCCUUGAGAGGUUUGUCAAGCAAAAUCGAUUCAAGAACUUGUGUGAAGUUAACAGAAUAACACCAUGGAAUAUUUCAGUUUGUGUGUCAUUGUUCAAUAUCAGGUUAUGAGAUUCACAUUUUGAACUGAACUGUUGAAAUUAAUGAACUUUUCCAUGAUUUAAUAAAAUCGAAGUGCUGAGUGUGGAAACUCCUCCUCCUCCUCCUCCUCCUCAGGGUCUUUAUAAGCUUCAGUCUCUCUCCUCCUCCUCACACUCCAACCCUGCUCACCUCUCAGCUGGACAGUAAGGGACGUUUACAGCACACACUGACAACAUGCUGGGGAGCCUCUGCACUCUCAUCACUGCUCUAACAUGUAAGAGAUUCUUCUCAGUCCUUUACCACACCAUCAUUUCACACACACACACCUUUGACUCUUGUCUUUUUCUCUGUUUUUUUACAGAUGUUAACGCAGUGAUCGUUCUGACCCAGACUCCUGCUGUCCUCACAGUUUCUCCAGGACAAGAGGCUGUUCUCAGAUGUAACAUUCAGAGACAUGAUGGAUAUGUUGUCAGCUGGCACGAACAGGUUCCUGGUGAAGCUCCUCAGUAUGUUCUGAGAUUUUACCAUGGUUGGAGUUCACCUGAGUAUGGAUCAGGAUUCUCCUCAGACAGAUUCAACUCUAAAUCCACAUCAAACAUAGAUUAUCAGUUCAUCAUAAAGAGAGCAGAGGCAGGAGACACUGCUGUUUAUUACUGUCAGACAUGGGACAGCUCUGCUAAUGCAGCUGUAUCACAGUGAUUUACACCAUGACAAAAACCUCACUCACAGUCUGACUACAGUGUCUCUAAAAUCUGACCACAUUAACUCAAGAAAACCAGAAAAACUUCAAUCAAAGCAGAAAGAUCACUGAAUAAACUCUUAUAAAACGAUGAAAUCCUCAGAUUAAAGUCCAUCUUUGUUUUGAUAAAGUGAUCAGAGAUGAAAGAUCGAGACGUUGAGAGUGAAAGUUGGUCUCAACAGGAUGUUUCAGUUCCUCUCCCCUCAUUAGUGAGAGUCAGGAGGUUUUUGUACGGCCAUGUAUACAAACUGAAUCACUGUGGUAUUCGGACAAGGAACCAAGCUGAUCGUCUCAGGUAAGUUCUUUAAAAAUCAUCUUUAAAUAGGAUUGUUUCUCUGAUUCUGACAAAAUAUGGCACAGUUAUCAUGUUAAUAACUCUUAAAUGAACAUUUUCAGUAAAUAAUAGACAUAAUUUUCUCUGUUUGAUGUUUAUUCUCUGUUACUUGGCAGCAUGUUGGUUCUUCUCAAAGAGUUUGAGGCUGAGACAUUUUUAACUUUAAAGAAAAAGUGAAACACACUGACUUAAUAUAAUUCAUUAUUGUUUGUAUGGGUUAAAUUUUCACAAUAACAUGUUCAAUAAUACACAAGUAUAAUCUGAUUAAGUUACUAUAGAGCAGUCUGUGAGACUAAUAACAGAGAUAGAAUAAGUUACUGUAUUUUUGGAUCAUAUCAAAUUUGCUGAAUUGAAGUUGCUUUUUAUGGUUUCAUGUAAAUCUGAUUCAGUUUUAGAGUCUUUGUCUUUUAUUUUGUAAGUUUGAUCGGCUGUAAAAGCAGAUGACGACUUAUAAAUGGUUUAUGAUUUCAAGAGCUCUGAACUUGGAAAAUUACAGACUGAGUCUUUAAAAAGUUAAACUGGUGUAAUUUUAGUUUCUACAGGCUGAUGUAACAUGUUUUCACUUUUUAAAAGGAUGUAGUCAGACCGGGUUUAUUGUGAACACUGCACAUUGAUCCCUCUUUUUAUUAUUGACCUAAUCUGUGACUGUCGUGUGUGUUUGUGUGUUUCAGCCUCCAGCCUCUCUCCUCCCGUCCUCACAGUCUUCCCUCCGUCCCGUGCUGAGCUCCAGUCCAACAAAGCCUCUCUGCUCUGUCUGUCCAGUCAGUCUGUGCCUUUUGCAGAUGUGAGCUGGUUGGCUGCUGGGAGUCCAGUGAGCAGUGGGGUCUCCACCAGCACGGCUGUUCGGCAAGCGGACCAGACUUUCCACAUCAGCAGCUCUCUGUCCAUCAACCCCUCUGAGUGGACCACGGGCAAAGUCUUCACGUGUAAAGUGUCUCUGGGCUCUCAGACUUCAGAGAAAGAGAUCAGCAAGUCCAGCUGUCCCUCUGCAGAAGAGUAGAGGAGCACAGAGAGCAUUUCCAACCUGCUUCUUGACUCUUUGUGCUCUUUGCUCAUUACAAGCUUCACAUGCUAGAAAAGAUGAGUCUGCAUGCUCGGAGCUAAUGUUGAGACAGUUAGCUGGAGGAGUCGGAUCAGCUUUGCUGCUGCUGCUGCUUUUAUCAACAAUCUUUCAAUAAAACAAUUGAAAGCCUGCAAAUCAAAAAGUGUCUUUCCCUCUUUUUAUUUAUUCUCCUCCUUUUGAUCAUUCAUUUUCUUUCAUGUCUUUAAAUGUUGAUUUGAGUGUUUCUUAGAGCCAAAGACUCACAGCUCACAGACAUAUUUCUCUUCAAUAACGUCUUUAGUUUGUAUUUUUUCAUUCAAAUAUCAACAUUAAUUUUAGGUGUUGAACAUCUGGAUUUAUAUAAAGCCAGUCUUUCUGCUUUUAGUCUGUAGUUAUGAUGACAGAGAAGUCAAACAAAUGAAGAAUCAACUGAAACUGAGUUUUCAUCCUCCAUCAGUGAAGCGUCACCUCUCUGCUCCUCCUCCCAGGAUGCACCUGCAGACCUGCUCUCUGUAUUUAAAGUAGCAUGCAAAUGAAGAGGUCAAAGGUCAGCUCUGUGUGUUAGAUCAUGUGACAUCUCUUCAAGUACAGUUUUCUCUUCCUAUGAUUGAAUUAAGCUUAAAUGUGCAGAAUCAAAGUUUAAAAUGAGGUCUGAAGAAGAUUUAUCAUCAAAACUUUAAACAAGAAGAAGAAAAAGACGAUUUAAUAAUGAUCCAGAAAAAAACAUAAAUUUAUCUGAAUUUAACAGAGGAACAAAUCAAUGAUAACAAAACUGACAAAAUUAUUUAUUCUACUAAAGUUAGUUCAAUGUUUUGUUUGGAUUCAGGACGUUGCUGCUUGAAAAAAAAAUCACGAGUCAGCAUAAAAAAAUCUCUCCAUAGAAUAUUAAACAGAAAUAAAUGAUUCAAAGUCUGAAGAUGAAGGUGAAGCUCCUCCUCCUCCUCCUCAGUCUCAGUGUUGUAUUAAAUUGCUCCUCCAGCACCUCCUCUCCUCAUCCUCAGAUCUGUCAGCAGUCAGCUCACUUUCCAAGUUGUAAGGACGUUUACAGCACACACUGACAACAUGCUGGGGAGCCUCUGCACUCUCAUCACUGCUCUAACAUGUAAGGAGGCUGACUUCCUGCAGCUUUCAGCUCAUGUUGGAUUCAUCAGUCUGUGUGUUUCUCUUGACUCCGUGUCAUCUUGUUGUUUCCAGGUGUGAGUGCUGUUACCGUGGUGACACAGAAGCCUCCUGUUGUGACUGUGAGGAGAGGAGAGACAGCCAACAUGGACUGUAACCUGGGGACUGUGACAAAUAGUCGUGUCCGCUGGUACAAACAGAUUCCUGGAGGAGUUCCUCAGUUUAUUCUGUAUUACUAUCACAGCUCCAGCUCUCCAAGAUAUGGCUCUGGUUUCUCCUCUCCUAAAUUCACCUCCACUCAUCAGUCACAGACAGAUUAUCGUUUGAUCAUCAGCUCUGUGGAGGAGGGAGACUCUGCAGUUUAUUACUGUCAAACAUAUGACACCUCUGUCAAUGAGUACGUAUCACAGUGAUUUACACCAUGACAAAAACCUCCUCACUCUCACUUCUGCUUUUUGAGUCUCUGCCAUAUCUACUUAUGCCCUCUGCAGCUUCUCAACAUAAGACUUUAAUCUGACUACCUUCUAUAUUCCUAUUGAACCUUUGAUUGAAAUCCAAAAUUCACAUUUCUGAUCAGCUCAUAAAACAGAAUCAACUCUGUACAGUCAGUUUAAUGAAACAGUAUUACAUUGAGAUUGUUUCGGACUCUUCAGUCAAAAGUUUGUUAGAAAUAAAUGAACAAACAGAAGAAAUUUGAAAAGUUCAGCUGAAACAAUAAAGAGUUAAACUUAGAGGACUAACAGCUUUUCGUCUUCUUGACUGUGACCUUUGACCUCUCCUUAAAAAACAAAACAAAACAAAGCUCACCUAUGAAAUUUUUGACAAUCAGUUGAGUUGUUUUCCAUCCAGACAUUGAUUCUUUAUACUUUCACAACUUAAAUAAUUGAAUAAAUUGGCAGAAGAAUGAUCCUCAUAUUUUUAAACAAUGUCAUUUAUUUGUUCAACCCUUUUUUCAUCAUGAAGAGAGGGGUCACAAAUUCAACUCCUCCUCCUCCUCCUCCUCCUCCUCAGGGUCUUUAUAAGCUUCAGCCUCUCUCCUCCUCCUCACACUCCAACCCUGCUCACCUCUCAGCUGGACAGUAAGGGACGUUUACAGCACACACUGACAACAUGCUGGGGAGCCUCUGCACUCUCAUCACUGCUCUAACAUGUAAGAGAUUCUUCUCAGUCCUUUACCACACCAUCAUUUCACACACACACCUUUGACUCUUGUCUUUUUCUCUGUGUGUUACAGAUGUUGAUGCAGUGAUCGUUCUGACCCAGACUCCUGCUGUCCUCACAGUUUCUCCAGGACAAGAGGCUGUUCUCAGAUGUAACAUUCAGAGAUAUGAUGGAAAUUGGGUCAGCUGGUACAAACAGGUUCCUGGUGAAGCUCCUCAGUAUGUUCUGAGAUUUCACCAUGGAAUCAGUUCACUCGACUUUGGAUCAGGAUUCUCCUCAAAUAGAUUCAACUCUAAAUCCACAUCAGACAUAGAUUAUCAGUUCAUCAUAAAGAGAGUAGAGGCAGGAGACUCUGCUGUUUAUUACUGUAACACAUGGGAUGACUCUGCUUCUGCAGCUGUAUCACAGUGAUUUACACCAUGACAAAAACCUCCUCACUGACACUUCUGCUUUUUGAGCGCCUCACACAUCUACUCACACUCUCUGUAGCUACACUGCCUUCAGAUAUCAUGUUGUUUUCCCCUAAAAUUCUCAUUUUCAUUCAAAUUAAUCUUUAGCACCAAAGUUUAAAAAAAAAUUCAAAAAUAUUCAAUGAUUGUGUUUUUUAAUUUUCCCAUUUAUAAAUAUUUUUAGCUCAUAAGGAAACAUGACAGAAUAAAAUUUUGUAGUGUUUUUGUCUUUAAAAUCAUGAAGUUCAUCAACACAGAAACUUUAGCAGCUCUUCGUUCAGUUAAAUGUCCCUCUGUUUGAUCUAUCCAGCUGUGUUUUUCCUAAAUCUAGACAAUAGAUUUCCAAUAAAAAUAUAUAUAUUUUUGAAUGUGUGUCUAUGGCACCAAAACAACAUAUACAGAUGCAUCUCAAUAAAUUAGAAUAUCGUGGAAAAGUUCAUUUAUUUCAACAGUUCAAUUCAAAAAGUGAAACUAAUAACCUGAUAUAGAUCCAUGGCACACAGACUGAAGUAUUUCAUGUUUUCUUUUUCCUUUAACUGUAAUGAUUGUGGCUUAUAUUUAAUGAAAACCCAAAUUCAGUAUCUCCAAAAACUAGAAUACUGUGAUAAAGUUGACUAUUUUAACCUCAUAAUGUCACACUCUAAUCAGCUAAUUAACUCCAAACACCUGCAAAGGUUUCCUGAGCCCUUAAAUAGUCUCUCAGUCUGGUUCAGUAGCUCCACUAUCAUGGGGAAGACUGCUGACCUUACAGUUGUCCAGAAGACAAUCAUUGACACCCUUCACAAGGAGGGUAAGCCACAAAAGUUCAUUGCAAAAGAAGCUGGCUGUUCACAGAGUGCUGUAUCCAAGAAUAUUAACAGAAAGUCGAGUGGAAGGAAAAAGUGUGGUAGAAAGAAAUGCACAAGCAACAGGGUUGAUCGCAGCCUUGAGAGGUUUGUCAAGCAAAAUCGAUUCAAGAACUUGUGUGAAGUUAAGAGAAUAACACCAUGGAAUAUUUCAGUUUGUGUGUCAUUGUUCAAUAUCAGGUUAUGAGAUUCACAUUUUGAACUGAACUGUUGAAAUUAAUGAACUUUUCCAGGAUAUAAUAAAAUCAAAGAGCUGAGUGUGUAAACUCCUCCUCCUCCUCCUCCUCCUCCUCAGGGUCUUUAUAAGCUUCAGUCUCUCUCCUCCUCCUCACACUCCAACCCUGCUCACCUCUCAGCUGGACAGUAAGGGACGUUUACAGCACACACUGACAACAUGCUGGGGAGCCUCUGCACUCUCAUCACUGCUCUAACAUGUAAGGAGGCUGACUUCCUGCAGCUUUCAGCUCAUGUUGGAUUCAUCAGUCUGUGUGUUUCUCUUGACUCCAUGUCAUCUUGUUGUUUCCAGGUGUGAGUGCUGUUACCGUGGUGACACAGAAGCCUCCUGUUGUAGCUGUGAGGAGAGGAGAGACAGCCAACAUGGACUGUAAACUGGGGACUGUGACAAAUCAACCAGCUUGGUGGUACAAACAGAUUCCUGGAGGAGUUCCUCAGUUUAUUCUGUUUAACUAUCACACCUACAGCUCUCCAACUUAUGGCUCUGGUUUCUCCUCUCCUAAAUUCACCUCCACUCAUCAGUCACAGACAGAUUAUCGUUUGACCAUCAGCUCUGUGGAGGAGGGAGACUCUGCAGUUUAUUACUGUCAGACAUUGGACACCAAUAAUGCCGUAUCACAGUGAUUUACACCAUGACAAAAACCUCCUCACUCUCACUUCUGCUUUUUGACUCUCUGACAUAUCUACUAACGCUCUCUUAUCUUCCUGACAAAGGAUUACAAAAUAACCACCUCCUAUUUUCUCACUGUCCUUUUGAUUGACUAACAAACUCACAUAUUUCUCUUUAUUUCAAUUUAUCACUCAUCCACAUUGUGACUUUCUGCUGAUUUAAUUCUCAUAUUUGAGGCUUUAAGUUUCUGAUCAGCUCAUAAAACAGAAUCAACUCUGUACAGUCAGUUUAAUGAAACAGUAUUACAUUGAGAUUAUUUCAGACUCUUCAGUCAAAAGUUUGUUAGAAAUAAAUGAACAAACAGAAGAAGUUUGAAAAGUUCAGCUGAAACAAUAAAGAGUUAAACUUAGAGGACUAACAGCUUUUUGUCUUCUUGACUGUGACCUUUGACCUCUCCUUAAAAAACAAAACAAAGCUCACCUAUGAAAUUUUUGACAAUCAUUUGAGUUGUUUUCCAUCCAGACAUUGAUUCUUUAUACUUUCACAACUUAAAUAAAAGAAUAAAUUGGCAGAAGAAUGAUCCUCAUAUUUUUAAACAAUGUCAUUUAUUAGUUCAACCCUUUUUUCAUCAUGAAGAGAAGGGUCACAAAUUCAACUCCUCCUCCUCCUCCUCCUCCUCCUCUUCUUCCUCCUCCUCAGGGUCUUUAUAAGCUUCAGUCUCUCUCCUCCUCCUCACACUCCAACCCUGCUCACCUCUCAGCUGGACAGUAAGGGACGUUUACAGCACACACUGACAACAUGCUGGGGAGCCUCUGCACUCUCAUCACUGCUCUAACAUGUAAGGAGGCUGACUUCCUGCAGCUUUCAGCUCAUGUUGGAUUCAUCAGUCUGUGUGUUUCUCUUGACUCCAUGUCAUCUUGUUGUUUCCAGGUGUGAGUGCUGUUACCGUGGUGACACAGAAGCCUCCUGUUGUAGCUGUGAGGAGAGGAGAGACAGUCAACAUGGACUGUAACCUGGGGACUGUGAUAAAUACUGUCUUCUGGUACAAACAGAUUCCUGGAGGAGUUCCUCAGUUUAUUCUGUAUUACUAUCACAGCUCCAGCUCUCCAAGCUAUGGCUCUGGUUUCUCCUCUCCUAAAUUCACCUCCACUCAUCAGUCAAAAUCAGAUUAUCGUUUGACCAUCAGCUCUGUGGAGGAGGGAGACUCUGCAGUUUAUUACUGUAACACAUGGAAAGACAGCAAGGCCUUAUCACAGUGAUUUACACCAUGACAAAAACCUCCUCACUCUCACUUCUGCUUUUUUGAGCUUCAGGUUCAUCUUCCAGUGCCCUCUGUAACUUACCUGAUCAGACUUCAGACUAACUGCUUAUAUCAUUCUAAUACUUUUGAUUUUCUUUGAUAGGGAAUAAUAAUGUUGAAAAACUCACAAAUUUCUCUAGUUACUGUUCAAAGUGUUUUUUAGUUGUUAUUUUGCCUGAAAUCUUGGUUUAUUCAUGUGAGGUAACUGAACACACAACUGGUCAAGACCAAAAAGUGACAAAUAAAGACAAUCACUGAGAUAAGGUUUUUGUUUUCUAUAAAGUUGUAAAAACUAAGAGGACCUUAAGAGUAAAACAAACAUACUUUGUUGUUUUUAUAUCUGUUCCCCGGUCCUUGUGCAGGCUCCAAGGCUGGACUCGGUCUCUGUACCUGCUCCCCAGCUUGUUCCUGCUUCUGGUUUGGAGUGUCGCCCCCCUGAACUACUUACCUGCAGAAGUCACAUGCCCUCCUCCCAGGCCCCCUCCACCCACCCUGCUUUGGUUCUGAGAUUUCUAGGAUUUCUUGAAUCUUUCAGAGAGGGGUUAUGUCAUGAUAGGCUCUUGUUAGUUUCGUUUAUCCUGGUUUUAUAUUUAGUUUAAUUUCUGAGUCUGUUUCCUCGUCUUUCUGUUUCCCUGUGUUCAUUAUUCUUCUGUUCUUGUUCUAUCUCACUGUUUUAUUUUGUAGUAGUCAAUCUCUGGGUAUCAAGUCUAGUUUUACUUCCUUAGUUUUCCUCCUUUGUUGAUUCCUCAAGAGUCUCACCUGUGUCUUGUCGUCCAUGUUGUCUCAGCCUCAUGAACCCUACUUCAUGUCCUCGUGUUUUCCCUGUGCCUUUUUGUUUCUCUGCUUGUUUCUGGUGUUUUUGGUUUAUUGCAUUUGGAUUUUUCAGUUCAAAGUAAGUUUUUGUUGUUUCAGUCUUUUGUUUGAUUAAAAACUUUAAAGUUCAGGGUCUAAAGUGAGGUUAAAGUCCAUCUUUGUUUUGAUAAAGUGAUCAGAGUGAUGGUGAAAGAUUGAGACGUUGAGAGUGAAAGUUGGUCUCAACAGGAUGUUUCAGUUCCUCUCCCCUCAUUCGUGAGAGUCGGGAGGUUUUUGUACGGCCAUGUAUACAAACUGAAUCACUGUGGUAUUCGGACAAGGAACCAAGCUGAUCGUCUCAGGUAAGUUCUUUAAAAAUCAUUGUUCAACCUUCUUAUUGUCUGUUUCUGAUUCCUGUUUGAUGAAACUCUUGAUUUGACUUGUUCAAAACCUUCAGUGGUAUUUUAGGACACAUUUCUCUGCUUUAAAAUCCAGUUUAGAAACAGUCCUGAGCUUUGCUGUAAUCAUCAAAACAAGAUGAAUAUUCUGUAUCUGACUGAAAUCGAUCUAAAAUCAUCUAUACGUAUGUUUCUGUUUAUUUUGAAUCACUGAACUUGUUCAGUAAAAUUCAGAUGGAUUAGUUUAGAUCGUCUUCAAAAGCUGACGUGAUUUCAUGCAAAGAUAAAAAAUCCGAAUGAAGAGAAUAUCUUUGAUAUUUACUGAAAAAGGACAAAAUAUUUAAUGGUUGAUUUUAUUUUUCUGACAUUUAAUCAAAAUUGAUCAAGUUUUGAUGAAUCAUUUCAAUUUGAAUGGUGCGGUCUUUGUCCUAAACCAGUCAUUGAAAUAAUUCUGUAUUUUAUAAUGUGAUAAAACUCAAAGACUGUGAUUCUUAUGGAUGAACAAAGUCUGUCUGAGUGUUGAUGUCUGGAUAUUAUCUUUGCUGCUGAAAAAAAAGUGUUUUAAAAUCCUGCUGGUGAAAAAUAAGUGAGUUUUUCAUUUUGAUGAUCUCCAACUUCAGAUCCUAUUUUGUUCGACACUGAGGGAGACUUUAGGAAACUGUUUCAACCUGAACCUCCAAGUGACAGAUCAAGUCCUCUUGUUAUGAUCUUGAGUACGGGGCUUGUGUUUUUAUCAGCGUGUUGUUAUCAUGUCAAAUGAUCAAUAAUUGAAUAUUGAUGAUUUGUGUGUGUUUGUGUGUUUCAGGCUCCAGCCUCUCUCCUCCCGUCCUCACAGUCUUCCCUCCGUCCCGUGCUGAGCUCCAGUCCAACAAAGCCUCUCUGCUCUGUCUGUCCAGUCAGUCUGUGCCUUUUGCAGAUGUGAGCUGGUUGGCUGCUGGGAGUCCAGUGAGCAGUGGGGUCUCCACCAGCACGGCUGUUCGGCAAGCGGACCAGACUUUCCACAUCAGCAGCUCUCUGUCCAUCACCCCCUCUGAGUGGACCACGGGCAAAGUCUUCACGUGUAAAGUGUCUCUGGGCUCUCAGACUUCAGAGAAAGAGAUCAGCAAGUCCAGCUGUCCCUCUGCAGAAGAGUAGAGGAGCACAGAGAGCAUUUCCAACCUGCUUCUUGACUCUUUGUGCUCUUUGCUCAUUACAAGCUUCACAUGCUAGAAAAGAUGAGUCUGCAUGCUCGGAGCUAAUGUUGAGACAGUUAGCUGGAGGAGUCGGAUCAGCUUUGCUGCUGCUGCUGCUUUUAUCAACAAUCUUUCAAUAAAACAUUUGAAAGCCUGCAAAUCAAAAAGUGUCUUUCCCUCUUUUUAUUUAUUCUCCUCCUUUUGAUCAUUCAUUUUCUUUCAUGUCUUUAAAUGUUGAUUUUAGUGUUUCUUAGAGCCAAAGACUCACAGCUCACAGACAUAUUUCUCUUCAAUAACGUCUUUAGUUUGUAUUUUUUCAUUCAAAUAUCAACAUUAAUUUUAGGUGUUGAACAUAUGGAUUUAUAUAAAGCCAGUCUUUCUGCUUUUAGUCUGUAGUUAUGAUGACAGAGAAGUCAAACAAAUGAAGAAUCAACUGAAACUGAGUUUUCAUCCUCCAUCAGUGAAGCGUCACCUCUCUGCUCCUCCUCCCAGGAUGCACCUGCAGACCUGCUCUCUGUAUUUAAAGUAGCAUGUAAAUAAAGAGGUCAAAGGUCAGCUCAGUGUGUUAGAUCAUGUGACAUCUUUUCAAAUACAGUAUUCAUUUCCUUUGAUUGAAUUAAACUUAAAUGUGCAGAAUCAAAGUUUAAAAUGAGGUCUGAAGAAGAUUUAUCAUCAAAACUUUAAACAAGAAGAAGAAAAAGACGAUUUAAUAAUGAUCCAGAAAAAACAUAAAUUUAUCUGAAUUUAACAGAGGAACAAAUCAAUGAUAACAAUACUGACAAAAUUAUUUAUUUUAUUUAAGAUAGUUUCAUUGUUUUUUUUUUAAUUUAAUUUAGGACGUUGCUGUUAGAAAAAAUCCUGAGUCAGCAUAAAAAAAUCUCUCCACAGAAUAUUAAACAGAAAUAAAUGAUUCAGAGUCUGAAGAUGAAGGUGAAGCUCCUCCUCCUCCUCCUCCUCAGUCUCAGUGUUGUAUUAAAUUGCUCCUCCAGCACCUCCUCUCCUCAUCCUCAGAUCUGUCAGCAGUCAGCUCACUUUCCAAGUUGUAAGGACGUUUACAGCACACACUGACAACAUGCUGGGGAGCCUCUGCACUCUCAUCACUGCUCUAACAUGUAAGGAGGCUGACUUCCUGCAGCUUUCAGCUCAUGUUGGAUUCAUCAGUCUGUGUGUUUUUUCUCUUGACUCCAUGUCAUCUUGUUGUUUCCAGGUGUGAGUGCUGUUACCGUGGUGACACAGAAGCCUCCCGUUGUAGCUGUGAGGAGAGGAGAGACAGUCAACAUGGACUGUAACCUGGGGACUGUGACAAAUAGUCGUGUCCGCUGGUACAAACAGAUUCCUGGAGGAGUUCCUCAGUUUAUUCUUUAUUACCAUCACAGCUCCAGCUCUCCAAGAUAUGGCUCUGGUUUCUCCUCUCCUAAAUUAGCCUCCACUCAUCAGUCAAAAUCAGAUUAUCGUUUGAUCAUCAGCUCUGUGGAGGAGGGAGACUCUGCAGUUUAUUACUGUAGCACAUGGAAAGACAGCAAGGCCUUAUCACAGUGAUUUACACCAUGACAAAAACCUCCUAACUCUCACUUCUGCUUUUUUGAGCUUCAGGUUCAUCUUCCAGAGCCCUCUGUAACUUACCUGAUCAGACUUCAGACUAACUGCUUAUAUCAUUCUAAUACUUUUGAUUUUCUUUGAUAGGGAAUAAUAAUGUUGAAAAACUCACAAAUUUCUCUAGUUACUGUUCAAAGUGUUUUUUAGUUGUUAUUUUGCCUGAAAUCUUGGUUUAUUCAUGUGAGCUAACUGAACACACAACUGGUCAAGACCAAAAAGUGACAAAUAAAGACAAUCACUGAGAUAAGGUUUUUGUUUUCUAUAAAGUUGUAAAAACUAAGAGGACCUUAAGAGUAAAACAAACAUACUUUGUUGUUUUUAACUCUGUUCUCAUCAGAGGCCCCGGUCCUUGUGCAGGCUCCAAGGCUGGACUCGGUCUCUGUACCUGCUCCCCAGCCUGUUCCUGCUUCUGGUUUGGAGUGUCGCCUCCCUGAACUACUUACCUGCAGAGGUCACAUGCCCUCCUCCCAGGCCCCCUCCACCCAUCCUGCUUUGGUUCUGAGAUUUCUAGAAUAUCUUGAAUCUUUCAGAGAGGGGUUAUGUCAUGAUAGGCUCUGUUAGUUUAGUUUAUCCUGGUUUUAUAUUUAGUUUAAUUUCUGAGUCUGUUUCCUCGUCUUUCUGUUUCCCUGUGUUCAUUAUUCUUCUGUUCUUGUUCUAUCUCACUGUUUUAUUUUGUAGUAGUCAAUCUCUGGGUAUCAAGUCUAGUUUAACUUCCUUAGUUUUCCUCCUUUGUUGAUUCCUCAAGAGUCUCACCUGUGUCUUGUCGUCCAUGUUGUCUCAGCCUUAUGAACCCUACUUCAUGUCCUCGUGUUUUCCCUGUGUCUUUUUGUUUCUUUGCUUCUUCCUGGUGUUUUUGGUUUAUUGCAUUUGUAUUUUUCAGUUCAAAGUAAGUUUUUGUUGUUUCAGUCUUUUGUUUGAUUAAAAACUUUAAAGUUCAGUGUCUAAAGUGAGGUUAAAGUCCAUCUUUGUUUUGAUAAAGUGAUCAGAGUGAUGGUGAAAGAUUGAGACGUUGAGAGUGAAAGUUGGUCUCAACAGGAUGUUUCAGUUCCUCUCCCCUCAUUCGUGAGAGUCAGGAGGUUUUUGUACGGCCAUGUAUACAAACUGAAUCACUGUGGUAUUCGGACAAGGAACCAAGCUGAUCGUCUCAGGUAAGUUCUUUAAAAAUCAUUGUUCAACCUUCUUAUUGUCUGUUUCUGAUUCCUGUUUGAUGAAACUCUUGAUUUGACUUGUUCAAAACCUUCAGUGGUAUUUUAGGACACAUUUCUCUGCUUUAAAAUCCAGUUUAGAAACAGUCCUGAGCUUUGCUGUAAUCAUCAAAACAAGAUGAAUAUUCUGUAUCUGACUGAAAUCGAUCUAAAAUCAUCUUUACGUAUGUUUCUGUUUAUUUUGAAUCACUGAACUUGUUCAGUAAAAUUCAGAUGGAUUAGUUUAGAUCUUCUUCAAAAGCUGACGUGAUUUCAUGCAAAGAUGAAAAAUCCAAAUGAAGAUAAUAUCUUUGAUAUUUACGGAAAAAGGACAAAAUAUUUAAUGGUUGAUUUUAUUUUUCUGACAUUUAAUCAAAAUUGAUCAAGUUUUGAUGAAUCAUUUCAAUUUGAAUGGUGCGGUCUUUGUCCUAAACCAGUCAUUGAAAUAAUUCUGUAUUUUAUAAUGUGAUAAAACUCAAAGACUGUGAUUCUUAUGGAUGAACAAAGUCUGGCUGAGUGUUGAUGUCUGGAUAUUAUCUUUGCUGCUGAAAAAAAAGUGUUUUAAAAUCCUGUUGGUGAAAAAUAAGUGAGUUUUUCAUUUUGAUGAUCUCCAACUUCAGAUCCUAUUUUGUUCGACACUGAGGGAGACUUUAGGAAACUGUUUCAACAUGAACCUCCAAGUGACAGAUCAAGUCCUCUUGUUAUGAUCUUGAGUACGGGGCUUGUGUUUUUAUCAGCGUGUUGUUAUCAUGUCAAAUGACCAAUAAUUGAAUAUUGAUGAUUUGUGUGUGUUUGUGUGUUUCAGGCUCCAGCCUCUCUCCUCCCGUCCUCACAGUCUUCCCUCCGUCCCGUGCUGAGCUCCAGUCCAACAAAGCCUCUCUGCUCUGUCUGUCCAGUCAGUCUGUGCCUUUUGCAGAUGUGAGCUGGUUGGCUGCUGGGAGUCCAGUGAGCAGUGGGGUCUCCACCAGCACGGCUGUUCGGCAAGCGGACCAGACUUUCCACAUCAGCAGCUCUCUGUCCAUCACCCCCUCUGACUGGACCACGGGCAAAGUCUUCACGUGUAAAGUGUCUCUGGACUCUCAGACUUCACAGAAAGAGAUCAGCAAGUCCAGCUGUCCCUCUGCAGAAGAGUAGAGGAGCACAGAGAGCAUUUCCAACCUGCUUCUUGACUCUUUGUGCUCUUUGCUCAUUACAAGCUUCACAUGCUAGAAAAGAUGAGUCUGCAUGCUCGGAGCUAAUGUUGAGACAGUUAGCUGGAGGAGUGGGAUCAGCUUUGCUGCUGCUGCUGCUUUUAUCAACAAUCUUUCAAUAAAACAAUUGAAAGCCUGCAAAUCAAAAAGUGUCUUUCCCUCUUUUUAUUUAUUCUCCUCCUUUUGAUCAUUCAUUUUCUUUCAUGUCUUUAAAUGUUGAUUUUCGUGUUUCUUAGAGCCAAAGACUCACAGCUCACAGACAUAUUUCUCUUCAAUAACGUCUUUAGUUUGUAUUUUUUCAUUCAAAUAUCAACAUUAAUUUUAGGUGUUGAACAUCUGGAUUUAUAUAAAGCCAGUCUUUCUGCUUUUAGUCUGUAGUUAUGAUGACAGAGAAGUCAAACAAAUGAAGAAUCAACUGAAACUGAGUUUUCAUCCUCCAUCAGUGAAGCGUCACCUCUCUGCUCCUCCUCCCAGGAUGCACCUGCAGACCUGCUCUCUGUAUUUAAAGUAGCAUGCAAAUGCGGAGGUCAAAGGUCAGCUCAGUGUGUUAGAUCAUGUGACAUCUCUUCAAGUACAGUUUUCUCUUCCUAUGAUUGAAUUAAGCUUAAAUGUGCAGAAUCAAAGUUUAAAAUGAGGUCUGAAGAAGAUUUAUCAUCAAAACUUUAAACAAGAAGAAGAAAAAGACGAUUUAAUAAUGAUCGAGAAAAAAACAUAAAUUUAUCUGAAUUUAACAGAGGAACAAAUCAAUGAUAACAAAACUGACAAAAUUAUUUAUUUUAUUAAAGAUAGUUUCAUGUUUUGUUUGGAUUCAGGACUUCAGCAUAAAAAUUCUCUCCACAGAAUAUUAAACAGAAAUUAAUGAUUCAAAGUCUGAAGAUGAAGGUGAAGCUCCUCCUCCUCCUCAGUCUCAGUGUUGUAUUAAAUUGCUCCUCCAGCACCUCCUCUCCUCAUCCUCAGAUCUGUCAGCAGUCAGCUCACUUUCCAAGUUGUAAGGACGUUUACAGCACACACUGACAACAUGCUGGGGAGCCUCUGCACUCUCAUCACUGCUCUAACAUGUAAGGAGGCUGACUUCCUGCAGCUUUCAGCUCAUGUUGGAUUCAUCAGUCUGUGUGUUUCUCUUGACUCCAUGUCAUCUUGUUGUUUCCAGGUGUGAGUGCUGUUACCGUGGUGACACAGAAGCCUCCUAUUGUGGCUGUGAGGGGAGGAGAGACAGUCAACAUGGACUGUAACCUGGGGACUGUGACAAAUCAACCAGCUUACUGGUACAAACAGAUUCCUGGAGGAGUUCCUCAGCAUGUUGUGAGGAUGUAUCACAGCUGGAGCUCUCCAAGCUAUGGCUCUGGUUUCUCCUCUCCUAAAUUCACCUCCACUCAUCAGUCACAGACAGAUUAUCGUUUGACCAUCAGCUCUGUGGAGGACGGAGACUCUGCAGUUUAUUACUGUAAAACAUGGGACAGCUCUAGCACUAAGGUCGUAUCACAGUGAUUUACACCAUGACAAAAACCUCCUCACUCUCACUUCUGCUUUUUUAGUCUCUGACAUAUCUACUAAUGCUCUCACUAACUUCACAGGAUUCAACUCUUGUCCUUGAACAAACAGAGUGAUCUAAAAUCAUCACUGUAGAGAUGAAUUCUUCUCCUCUUGAAGCACAUUAGAUAUCAAGAGGACUCUUCAUUUACAGUCGAGGAAACAUAAGAGGAUAUUCUGUCUUAUUACUUCGUGCACAUAAAUCUUACUUUGUCACAGAAUUAGAAAUUUGCCAUUAAAAUUGAAUAUAGAUUAGACUUCACUUUGCUAAAUGUGUUUGUAGAAAGUCAGACGAAACUUUUAAACCACUAAAGAAGGUAAAUAUUUGUGUUUAUAUUGUGACAAUUUGAUGAUUUUAUGAGACCAGAGGCCUUCAUAACAGUCCAUAAAACAGAAAUAAUGUUUUUAAUCAUCUUGAUAAAAUAAUCAUUGACUCAGAUCAUUCAUGGAGUGAUCGAUUAUUCUCUUCAAUCAAUCCUAAAAAUGGUGGAGCUGAAGAAAAAGGGAGCUCCAGCUCUGCAUGCUGAUCCAGUCUUCAUUUCUCUUCACUCACUGUGCAGCAGUCACUCCUCCACACAUGCUCACUCUUAUUUCCUCAAGUCUCCAGCUGUUCUCAUCACCUGUCACAUCUUUCCAACAGCACCUCAGCUCACCCUCAUUGUUGGCUGAUCACAUGAUCUAAAGCACACGGAGCAAAGUGAAUCAGGGCCUGUCCGACCACAUGUUGAUAGAUAAGAGGCGCACAAUCCUGGUGCUCAGAGAAGCUCAGGGCCCAAAGAGGUUCAGUUCCGUCCCUUAUGUCCCCAAUCAGUCUGUCCAAAAUCAAUAAGAUCAAAUCAAAUAACCUGAAAUUCACUUCAUCAGGAAAACACAGACACUUUGUUGUAAACUCUCUGUGUUUCUGUGUCCUCAUGUCACUUUGUGCCUGACCACCUCUCUGAAUCCAGACUGACACACCCAUGGGCGCUUGUCCCUGAGUGCAGACUGACAGGACCUGGGUUUGAUAUGAUGGGUUUGUUCACAUGGUGUUUAUCAUUCAUAUAAAAAGAACAAGAGUCUAGUUUUCAUUUCAGGAUCUUCAUUGUGUCAUGCUGCUUGAGAUAAAUUGAAGAUGUUGUUUUUAACCAAAAUGUGAUCAAAACUAAGAUUGAUGAAGGUUUUAAGAAGUUGGUUUGGGCAGUGAGUGUUGAAACUCCUCCUCCUCCUCCUCCUCCUCAGGGUCUUUAUAAGCUUCAGUCUCUCUCCUCCUCCUCACACUCCAACCCUGCUCACCUCUCAGCUGGACAGUAAGGGACGUUUACAGCACACACUGACAACAUGCUGGGGAGCCUCUGCACUCUCAUCACUGCUCUAACAUGUAAGAGAUUCUUCUCAGUCCUUUACCACACCAUCAUUUCACACACACACCUUUGACUCUUGUCUUUUUCUCUGUGUGUGUUACAGAUGUUGAUGCAGUGAUCGUUCUGACCCAGACUCCUGCUGUCCUCACAGUUUCUCCAGGACAAGAGGCUGUUCUCAGAUGUAACAUUCAGAGAUAUGAUAGUAAUAGUGUCAGAUGGUACAAACAGGUUCCUGGUGAAGCUCCUCAGUUUGUGCUAAGAUUUUACCAUCAUGACAGUUCACUCAGCUAUGGAUCAGGAUUCUCCUCAGACAGAUUCAACUCUAAAUCCACAUCAAACAUAGAUUAUCAGUUCAUCAUAAAGAGAGUAGAGGCAGGAGACACUGCUGUUUAUUACUGUCAGACAUGGGAUGACUCUGCUUCUGCAGCUGUAUCACAGUGAUUUACACCAUGACAAAAACCUCCUCACUGACACUUCUGCUUUUUGAGCGCCUCACGACUGUGAGCGACUCACACUCUCUGUAGCUACACUGCCUUCAGACAUCAUCUUGUUUUCUCUUAAAAUUCUCAUUUUGAUUCAAAUUAAUCUUUAGCACCAAAGUUUUUUAAGAGAUUCAAAAAUAUUAAAUGUCUGUGUUUUUUAAUUUUCCCAUUUAUAAAUAUUUUUAGCUCAUAAGGAAACAUGACAGAAUAAAACUUUGUAGUGAUUUUGUCUUUAAAAUCAUGAAGUUCAUCAACACAGAAACUUUAGCAGCUCUUUGUUAAGUCAAAUGUCCCUCUGUUUGAUCUAUCCAGCUGUGUUUUUCCAACAUCUAGACAAUAGAUUUCCAAUAAAAAUCUAUAUUUUUUGAAUGUGUGUCUACGGCACCAAAACAGCAUAUACAGGUGCAUCUCAAUAAAUUAGAAUAUCAUGGUAAAGUUCAUUUAUUUCAAGUAUUUCAUAUUUUUUUUUCCUUUAACUGUAAUGAUUGUGGUUUAUAUUUAAUGAAAACCCAAAUUCAGUAUCUCCAAAAACUAGAAUACUGUGAUAAAGUUGACUAUUUUAACCUCAUCAUGUCUCACUCUAAUCAGCUAAUUAACUCCAAACACCUGCAAAGGUUUCCUGAGCCCUUAAAUAGUCUCUCAGUCUGGUUCAGUAGCUCCACUAUCAUGGGGAAGACUGCUGACCUUACAGUUGUCCAGAAGACAAUCAUUGACACCCUUCACAAGGAGGGUAAGGCCACAAAAGUUCAUUGCAAAAGAAGCUGGCUGUUCACAGAGUGCUGUAUCCAAGAAUAUUAACAGAAAGUCGAGUGGAAGGAAAAAGUGUGGUAGAAAGAAAUGUACAAACAACAGGGUUGAUCGCAGCCUUGAGAGGUUUGUCAAGCAAAAUCGAUUCAAGAACUUGUGUGAAGUUAACAGAAUAACACCAUGGAAUAUUUCAGUUUGUGUGUCAUUGUUCUAUAUCAGGUUAUGAGAUUCACAUUUUGAACUGAACUUUUCCAUGAUAUAAUAAAAUCAAAGAGCUGAGUGUGAAAACUCCUCCUCCUCCUCCUCCUCCUCCUCCUCCUCUUCUCCUCCUCAGGGUCUUUAUAAGCUUCAGUCUCUCUCCUCCUCCUCACACUCCAACCCUGCUCACCUCUCAGCUGGACAGUAAGGGACGUUUACAGCACACACUGACAACAUGCUGGGGAGCCUCUGCACUCUCAUCACUGCUCUAACAUGUAAGAGAUUCUUCUCAGUCCUUUACCACACCAUCAUUUCACACACACACCUUUGACUCUUGUCUUUUUCUCUGUUUUUUUACAGAUGUUAAUGCAGUGAAAGUUCUGACCCAGACUCCUGCUGUCCUCACAGUUUCUCCAGGACAAGAGGCUGUUCUCAGAUGUAACAAUCAGAGAGAUGAUGGCCAGUAUGUCAGCUGGCACAAACAGGUUCCUGGUGAAGCUCCUCAGUAUGUUCUGAGAUUCCAUCAUUCUCACAGUUCACCCAACAACUAUGGAUCAGGAUUCUCCUCAGACAGAUUCAACUCUAAAUCCACAUCAACCAUAGAUUAUCAGUUCAUCAUAAAGAGAGUAGAGGCAGGAGACACUGCUGUUUAUUACUGUCAGACAUGGGAUGGCUCUGCUAAUGCAGCUGUAUCACAGUGA